CACUGGGCAGCCGACAGCUUGUUUCCCCACAACACAGUGGCUAGAUAUAGAUAGAGCGUAAAAAUGUAUCCAGCGUUGCAAAAAUAAAGAUAAAUAAAAAAUUGUACGCGAAGACGUUGGGGCAUUCACGCGACGCGAGACGAUAGAGCAGUAAUUUCCUUGGACACCAGGCGAAGGAGUAACUCAGUGGUGAGGGAAGCCAGUAGAUUUUUCCAUACAUCAGACGUGUCACGGUGAUCCCACUGAUGUCAUGGGCCUCAAGGAAUUUAGAAUUCUCUUCGAUAAUCCCUGGAGUACCUAUUCUCCGGGACAAACUGUCACGGGGCGUAUCCUCGUCGUUGUGGAUUCAGUGAAAAAAAUACGCGGUAUCAACGUCAUAAUAAAGGGUGAAGCCAACACGUGUUGGGCUACGGACAGGCAAGAGUUGAAUCAUGAAGGACGAUAUGAAAAGGAGUCCGAGACCGUCACUGGGCAUGAGGAGUAUUUCAGCAUGCAGUCUUACGUUAUUGGAACAGCCUCCGGUGACGAGGAUAUCACCAUACCGGUAGGUGAACAUUCCUAUCCGUUCACCUGCGCCUUACCCCUGAAUCUUCCCAGUAGCUUUGAACACGACUACGGGCACGUGCGCUACACGGUAAAGGCAAUUAUCGAUAGACCAUGGAAGUUCGAUCAGGAAGUGAAGGCAGCGUUCACUGUCGUUUCACACUUUGACCUCAAUAGAGAAGCUAGAGCAUCGGAACCCAUUCAUCAAGAAAUGAGUAAAACGUUUUGCUGUCUCUGUUGCGGCUCAGCACCUCUGAGAGUCAACGUUAUCCUCCCAGUCAAGGGGUACGUGUCCGGUCAAUCGAUGCCGAUAAGAGUUAACGUGGACAAUCAGUCCGGUAUUGUCGUCAACACAGUGAAAUUGAUCCUGCGCAAGAUUAUUACCUUCAAAGCCAACAACCCCAGAGUCCUCACACGAACUGAGAAAAUCGUCGUCGCGGAGGUGAGCAAAGGGCCGGUGGAGGGCGAUCGGACGUCUGAUUAUGAGCAGAAACUCGAGAUUCCUCCAUUGCCACCUUCGAACUUGACGAAUUGUGGGAUUAUCGAUCUUGAAUAUAAUCUGAAAAUAGAAGCCUGCGUUCAGGGAUGGUACCACAGAAAUCUGACGAGCAAUACUCUAGUGUUCAUCGGCACAAUUCCUCUGGCAAAUUACCAGAGGGAAAUUGCCCCGUCAGGUAAGCGAGAGCCAGGUGACAAUUACCCAGACAAGAGUGCAGACCCGACUUACGGUGGUUACCCGAGUGGCUAUCCCCCCUUUUCCCCAGGUGGUGGCUACCCCACAGCUCCUCCACACCCCCACGAUAACGACACACCGGCCCAAUUACCCAAUUCUAAUGGUUAUCCGAAUUUGCCUCCACCGUCUUACGAAGAGUACGGAUGGUCUGUGAGGAGCCUGAGGGAGCGUGGAGAGUCUGACCACGUAAUGGGCAAUCAGGGGCACUUCGCACCACGUUACCCUGUCUACAAUUUUACCACAACGUGAACAAGAGAUUAACGAACAAACGAUAUCAAUAUUUGUCGCUAUAAUGGCCUUUGCAAAUUUGCGGUGUAUUUUUUUCACCCACCUUGACUUUCGUGCACGCUGCGUUUUUGUAUUCUGUUAUUUAAAAGCGUGUUAUAUUUUGAGAUUCAAUUUUUUAUCUAAAGGUGAGCUGUUGCUAAAUAUAAUAAGAUUUAUAAAAAAAAAC